GGUCGUCUCCUGUUGGCUUUGACUCGCGAGGCUGUCACGCUGCAGCUCAGAUCAUAUGACCCCUGUAGACCAAUCAGAGAGCACUACAAUAGAGGAAGCGUUCACUCCGCUGAUCCACACAUUUUGAUUGCUGGUGUUUUGGACCUGAAACAGUCGUGAGGAGUUGUAAAACAUUACAGCCCCAAUGGCUGGAGAUAAGUCUGUGGCAGAUGUUGCGGCUCUGCUCGCUGCUGCUCGCCGUGUGUAUAAGCAGAGUUACGGAGGAGAAGCGCAGGUGGCUGUUUGUGCUCCAGGGCGGGUGAAUUUAAUCGGAGAGCACACAGAUUACAACCAAGGACUGGUUCUGCCAAUGGCUUUGCCACUGGUGACAGUUAUAGUGGGCAGCAGCACAUCUGGGCAGAGCUGCUCAGUUGAAACCAUUACAGAAUCUGCAGAUGAGCCAAGGAGAGUGGACUUUGAUCUGCCCACAGAGAGUUCACCUCUGACAAGAGGGCAGCCAGCCUGGGCCAAUUACGUUAAAGGGGUGGUGCAACACUAUAGAGCACAGCCCUUGCCUGCAUUUAAAGCUGUGAUAGCCAGCAGUGUGCCACUAGGGGGUGGACUGUCCAGCUCAGCUUCACUUGAAGUGGCAGUGUACACUUUCCUUCAGCAGUUAUGUCCAGAUGAUGGGGAUAAAGUAGCAAAGGCAGUAGCUUGCCAGCAGGCAGAACAUACCCAUGCUGGAGUGCCCUGUGGUAUUAUGGACCAGUUUGUUUCAGUGCUGGGAAAAGAGGGUCAUGCAUUGCUUAUUGACUGCAGGUCUCUGGAGGCCACUCCUGUUCCUCUAGCUGAUCCUAAUCUAGUCAUCCUUAUCACCAAUUCCAACGUGAGGCACUCACUGACAGGAAGUGAAUAUCCCAGUAGACGAAAACAGUGUGAGAAUGCAGCAGCCAUUUUGGGCAAGAGCAGUUUAAGAGAUGCCACCAUGCAGGAUCUGGUGGAUGCCAAAGACCGUCUGGACAGCGUGACAUACCGGCGAGCGCAGCAUGUGAUUGAAGAGAUUGAGCGCACGGCACAGGCAGCUGAGGCACUCAAGAGAGGAGCUUAUCAAGAAUUUGGGAAGCUUAUGGUGGAGAGCCACAAUUCUCUCAGAGACCUUUACGAGGUCAGCUGUCCAGAGCUGGAUGUGCUGGUAGCCGCAGCAAUGGAAGUUGAUGGAGUAUUUGGGAGUCGGAUGACGGGCGGCGGGUUCGGUGGAUGUACAGUAACACUGCUUCAGGCUGAUGCCACAGAGAGAACCAUAAAACACAUUCAGGAGAGAUACAGUGGACACCCUACUUUUUACAGAACUACACCAUCAGAAGGAGCUCGGGUCCUCAGUCCAAUGGAGAAUUAACACUAUAGUUAAAAUAUUACUGCAACAGCUAAGCAUGACGUUUUUAAGGCUCAUUUCUGGUGCAUCAGUUAAGAAUUAUUUUCAUCCUAAUCAAUGGCAUUCUAUAUGUAGUACACUGAUCAAAGUAGCUUUAGUUGUUGAAAGUUGUUUUUCAUCUGUUUUACAGUCAAAGGAACAAAAGAACUUUUACACACUAAAAAUAAAAAUAUUUUUUCUCA